AUGAAGACCACCUCCAUUGCACUCGCACUCGCGAGUACCCUCACCGGCGCAAACGCAUACUGGAAAGGGUUCAAUUCUCAAGCUACCCUCGCAAACGGAGCAUGCAAGACGCAAACCGAUUGGGAGAAUGAUUUCCGACUCAUCCAAUCUUUCCCCGGUGGAUUCGACAGUCUACGCGUCUACGCAUCAUCCGACUGCAACACCAUUGCCAAUGUAGUACCUGCCGCCAUCGCCACCGGCGGAAAGGUACUCGUUGGAGUAUGGACUGAAGACGCCAAUCACUACGAUGCCGAGAAGCAAGCUUUGUUGAAAGCCACCCAAGCCUAUGGGUUCGAUUGGCUCGUAGCCGUAUCUGUUGGUUCUGAAGACUUGUACCGAGGCGAUACUACUGCUUCUACGCUCGCGCAGCAGAUAUAUGAUGUAAGAGGAAUGUUGAGCACUGUUCCCGGAUACACCACUGCUGGUGUACAAAUUGGGCAUGUGGAUACGUGGACUAUGUGGACGGAUGGAGCAAACGUGGAUGUGAUCAAGGCAUGUGAUUUCAUCGGAUUAGACGGGUAUCCAUAUUUCCAAAACAACGAAGAGAAUGAUAUCGGUGUCGCAUCUGAUUUGUUCUGGCAAUCUGUCAAUGCUGUUCGCUCGGCUGUGCAGAAUGCUCAGAGUGGUGCUUGGGUUUGGGUUACUGAGACUGGAUGGCCUACUUCGGGUAAUACGGAGAAUUUGGCUGUUGCUUCGGUUGCCAAUGCUCAGACUUAUUGGAAGGAGGUUGCUUGUGAGGCUUUCAAGGAGGCAAAUACUUUCUGGUAUGCUCUUCAGGACUAUGCUGCUAGCCCAUCGUUCGGUGUUGCUGAUGCAAAUGGCAAACUUAUGUAUGAUUUGAGCUGUUAA